GCUCGUUAGCAGCUGCCAGUCAUGGUACUCAUUCGAGAAUUCCGUAUCCCCAUGCCGGUCACGGUCGAUGAGUUCCAGAUCGGACAGCUGUACGCAACGGCCAAGGCGUCGCGGCAGGCGACGGCCGAGGGCAAGAACACCGAUGGCUCUGGAGUGGACGUGCUCGUCAAUCGGCCAUAUGAGGAUGACGAGAUGGGCAAGGGACAGUACACGGAAAAGACGUAUGAGCUUGGUGGCAACGUCCCGUCGUUCCUCCGCAAGAUCAUGCCCAAGACGGCACUGCUGCUGGAGGAGAAGGCGUGGAACGGGUUCCCACACUGUAAGACCAUUCUCUCGUCGCCGUACUUUCAAGAAAAGGUCAAGUUUAUUAUCGAGACGCAGCACCUGCCCGGUGGGCCCGACGCAGACAACGCGCUCGAUCUCCCGCCCGAGCUGCUCGAGAAGCGCGAGGUGGUGUACAUCGACAUUGCCGCCGACGACGAGUUUGUAGACAAGAAGCACUACAAGGAAGAGGAGGAUCCCAAGCUGUUCCUCUCGGAAAUGACCGGGCGCGGACAGCUGACGGCCCCGGAUUGGACCAAGACCACCGAGCCGCUGAUGACAUGCUACAAGCUCGUCACCAUCGAGUUCAACUACUGGGGGCUGCAGGGCAAGGUCGAGCGGUGGGCGCAGGGCUUUGAGCGCAAGCUCUUUACCCGCUUCCACCGGCAGGUCUUCUGCUGGAUUGACGAGUGGUUUGGCUGGGACAUGGUUGACAUCCGCGCGUACGAGGACCAGACAGCGCGCCUGCUGCGAGAGGAGGACAUUUCCAACGACCCGCCGAUUCCACGGCCCAAGCCCGAAAAGAUCGAGGCUGCUGAGGCUGACGCCGCCGCGGCUGGCCGUGGCGACGCCGGUACGCCCGAGAAGAGUCCGCGCCGCUCGCGCCGCUCGCGCCGCGGCGACAAAGGCAAGGAGUCGGUUGAUGAGCUUUCAUCCGACGAGUCCAAGGCCACCGCCAUCCGUAUCCACGCCGCCGACGGCGAUGACGCCGGUUCGCGCGCCUCGGGCCGCUCGCGCCGCAAGCAUCGCCGCCGCUCGCGCCAUGGCGGUGGGGACAACGAGACAGGCUCGCGCGCUUCGCUCGCGGUCACCCGCGUCCGCUCGCAUGGCACCACGCUCUCGGACGCCGGAUCGGACACGUCGGCAUCGGCGCUUUCGCGCCGCUCCGAGGUCUCGUCGCGGGCCUCAUCACGCGCCUCGUCGUGUACCCCGCGCUCGGGCCACCGCUCGCGCCGCAAGCACCGAGCACAUCACGCCCGCUCCCACGCCGACGACAAUGCUGCCGAUGGCACUGCCAAGGCCAAGUCCAAGGCCAAGUCCAAGUCGAGCCGCUCGCGCCGUCGCGAGCCCGAGCUCGACGAGGUCGCCGUGCCGACCGAUGAUCCGCAGGAUGAGUUCUUCACCGCCCAGGAGGGCCCCGGUGCCCUCUCGGCUGGGGCUCGCGAGGCAGGCUACGGCCGUGCCCAUGGUGUUGCCAUCCCGGCGCCGGCGUCGGCGACCACCACCCAUGAAGCCAAGCCCAAGUCCAAGUCCAAGUCCAAGUCCAAGCGCUCAAAGCGGGCAGCAACAAGCGAGGCCAAGAAGUCUGCUGAUGACAAUGACAAGCCCGAUGAUGGCAAGGGGGCUGAGACCGGCGGUUCGUCAUGGUUUUCGUCCGAGUAACAACAGCUAGCAAUCAAACA